UGUACCUUUUCCGUGAUGAAAAUGAUGUAGUAACUAGUAAGCAAUGUCUGCGCUUAAAUAGUGCCGUAAUGAAUUUGUAAUUUGCAUCUUCUUAUCUUAAAAUUUCACAUGUUUAUCCCCAUGACUGUUUAGUGACACCCACUAUUUGUAAAAGAGUCAUCAUGUGACAUGAGAACUGAGAAGAUAACCCUGCCUUAAUAACUGUUGCUUCCUCCAAACAUCAUUUACCCGGACGCUUUUUGGAGCUAGGUUCAUUAGAAAGAGCCUAGUAUUUGGUCCACAUUCAUAGUGCAUUUUUUAACUAUAACCCCAGCCCCUCAAGUCAAUCCAUGUGUGUUCAACAAUUAUGUAUAAAUAUGACUCCAUUUCCAAUUCCUCUCAUCAUUCUUACUCCAUCUUACUCUCAUUCUCUCAUCCAUUUAUUCAUGUAAACACCAUAUCAACAUUUCAACAACAUAUAUAUACAUAGCUCUGCCCCUACCAUUAAUUCAUUUCCCUAUCCAGCGAGCAUACAUUAACUACCUUUCAUUUCAAUUUUCAAUCAUUUGUAUGUGCAUUUGUGUAUAAAUAUACAUGUACAUAUUGUGAUUUGUGAUUACUAAGCUGCUUAAGGGACAGGAGAGAAAGGGGUGCUAGUAGCUUUUGGAUAUGAUGGCAAGGAUUCCAGUGAGGUUUCAGAGGAUGGCUGCAGCAUGUCUGAGGCCCUGCGACGAGAGCAGCGGAAGCGAGCACUCACCGGAGAGUUUAACCGAUUUGUCUGAUCUAGUGAAUUCCUUCAUGGAGCAGAAUGAGAGAUCACAAGAAGGCGGUGAAGAUGAUGGGGCUAAUGUUCGUCGUAAUGAGGGAAAUGUUGAGAAAUUGGAGUGGUCUGAAUCAGAGAAGAGGGAAAUGUUGCAGAGUUUCUUUGCUGGGAGUGAAGAAGGUGAUGAGAAGAAUGAAAGGGAUGCUAAAGAAACAAUUAGAGGAGAGGUUGAGUUUGCAUUGGGAAUUGUUGGUAACAGUUCUUUUCCUGGAUUCAAACGUCUCUUGAUGUCAAGAUUGAGGGAGAAAGGUUUCGAUGCUGGGCUCUGCAAAACUAGGUGGGAGAAAAAUGGAAGAUUAACAACUGGGGAUUACGAGUACAUUGAUGUCAAUUUUUCCGGAAAACGCUACAUUGUUGAAGUUUCACUUGCUUCUGAGUUCGAAAUAGCUCGUCCCACGCAUGAAUAUACUUCCCUGCUAGAAGUUUUCCCAGUGAUAUUUGUUGGCAAAGUGGAAGAGCUGAAGCGUGUAGUGAGGCUAAUGAGCAGUGAAAUUAAAGGGUCCAUGAAAAAAAGGGACCAGCACAUGCCUCCAUGGAGAAGAAAUGUGUAUAUGCAAGCCAAGUGGUUUAGUUCCUACAAGCGAACAACUAAUGCUGUUGCAAGCAGAGAAGCAUUAUCACAUUUGGCUCCUGAGUCUUUAUAUCCUAAGAAGUCCAUAGGCUUUGAAGCACGGCCUGUGAAAGUGUAUAAUUGAAUUGCAGAGAGCAUUAUGUGACCAAUACUGGGUUCAGAAUUGGUCACUUGACUGCUACAUUUAGUUCUGAUAACUUUGGUUUGCAAUUAUAGUCAAAAAAAAUUGUAGAUGUGUGUUUUUUGGGGGGUUAGUGUUGAUUAAGUGAUUGUGUGAAGUGCCUUUUUUGAGGUGGUUGGUGUUCAUAAGUGAUUGUGUGGAGUGUCUCUGCCUUUGCACACAAAGCACAGGGUGCUUGAGUACUGAUGGACA